AUGGCUCUGUUGCUGUUUGCUCAUUGUUUCGCUCCGCCGCUUCCGUUUUCUCCUCCAAAUCCAGAUCCAGAACCGCCGCCAUUUGCUUUUUCCGCCUUCGAUCUGCUCACGAAGGCUCCUCCUCUUGAGUCCCACGACCCUCCCCACCCUCCAACUCUCUCCUUGAGUCAUUCCGCCUUCUCUGGUCGUUUCUCCUCUCCACAUCCACUCACUCCGCCUCGUCGUCACCCCACCUCCCCGUCUCUCCGUUCCACUCUCGCCAUGAUGGUGGCCGUUUCAGGUUAUCCUCUGUCGAAGUCGCCGGAGCCUUUGUCCCUUUGUUUCGAGAUCCCACUGCCGCCUGCUCAGAUGCCUUUCGCUCAGAGUUCAUGCCGCUUAGUGGUUGCUCAUGUGGGUAGCAGCUUCCAGAUCUACCUGCUUCUCUGGUUAAAGUCUUGUCUCUCCUACUUACUCUCAGGCUCGCCUCCGAUAGAUAUGGUCCCUGUGACCUUGACUAGACUUUGCCUCAGGAUUAGACAAUGGAAUGAUUCGCCUCCUUUACCUCAGUAUGAGGAUAUAAAGCUCUCCCUUAGCCUUCGUUUACCUCAGUAUGAGGUUGCUAAGUGUGUUGUUAGGCUUCGUUUACCUCAGGUUGAGGUUCCCUUACCUCUGUAUGAGGUUGUCACUCAGAAUCUCGUUUCUCUUUCAAUGCGGUCUGUUGUUAUGUUCGUAUUCUUAUAUGAUGAACCAGGUUCCCGCUUUAGAAAGAUAAGAAAUGGAGUCACCAUAGCCAUUCAUGACAUGGGCUGGUUUAUCUUCGAGAACUCCGAAGUUCUCCUCCUACAUAUAUUGUGUUAUGUUCUAUCAAAUUCCUCUCUUGGUGGGAAUUCCUUUAUUGCAGGGAAAAAGUUUUUCUCCGGUGUUACUAGGUUUGCGGUCUCAUCUUGUAUGGAUUGCUUGUCUUUUACCGUUGAAUUUCCCUUGCUGGUCUGUUAUGUUGUUAGCCAAUUGAACACCACUGCUAUUAUAGCAGUUGGUAUAGUCUCGAAGACUGCCGUUGGCGCAGUGGAGGAUCCAAGAAGCUUCAAGUGGAAUGAAGUCUCUCUGUUAUCAGGCAAGACUUUCAUAUCCUCUCUUUAUGUAUUUUCAGCUUAUGUUGUUUCUUGUUUAGCCUAUUGCAUGGCAAACUUUCUGGCUAAGUCCAGCUUGUACUCUUGUUCUGUUUACUCCCUCGUUGCAGGUUGA